GUGUUCUACAAACUUUUUGAGAUUCAUUUUGUUGGAUUAUUAUCCACAAUAAUUACAAAGGGCCCUUAUAAAUAUCUUCUUCUUACACUUUAAAGAAAGUGACUCUUGAACCCCUUUCUCUUCAAUUACAAUUUCUCUUCUUUUGUUCUUCUUGAAUUACAAGUUUUGGAAAUUUGCCCAAGAUUAUCUCCUUUUCUAGCAGAAGCAGUAGUUUGGUGAGCUCCACAGUUCCCAGGAGGUGGUUACGGUUUCAAGCCGUGGAAACACAAGGUAAAACUAGUACAAUUUGAGUUCAGGCCCGGCCCUUCUUUGAACCCGCACAUAGUGGCAGCAGGCUGCCUGCCUUUUUUUGAUUUGUUGGUGGAAAAAUGUGUAUGCUGCUGAAAUUUUUUAAUUCCCUUGUUAUGUUGUUUAGUUUUGUUAGUUAUAGAACCCAAGAAAUUAGUGAAGGCAUUUAUUUGAUUGGGAAAAUGGUUUAAAGUUCAGUUUUUUUAUUUUCACUAGAAUGUUGCUUUGAUGUUGAGCACUAAGGACGUCCUUUCUGCCACUAAAUGUUUUCCAUAUUCAGCAACUAAACAAUAUUGUACUUAAUGUGUCUGUUUAUUCCUUGUUCUGACUCCUGAGUAAAUGAUGCUUUCACAUGUUUUCAGGAGAUUUUUUGGUAUUAAUAAUUCCGUAUUUUUGGGGAUUAAAAAUAAAGGCGUGGAUGGGAGUGGGGUGAGGAAGACGUUUUGUACUGAUAGUUCUGUUUUCCUUCAGACUUGUGGAACAGAAGGGGCUUUGGUAGUUAGAUUUAAACUUGGUUUCAUAUUCAGGCGCAAUUUAGCAACGAGUUUUGGGGGUUUGUUGUGACUUGUAAGAAAGCCUUUGAGAUUGAUGGUUUGAUUAUAUUCCUACUUUGUUUUCUGAUGCAAGGCAGCUGUUAAUUUAUUGAAGAAUUUAGAUGGCAAACUCACUUUUUUCCUUGCAAAUUGGACUAUAUGUAGCUCAGUUUGGCAGUUGGACUAUAUCUUGACUUCAUAGUCUCUGGUGGUUUUGGGUUAGCAUUGGCUAUAGUCAAUUUGCGAGCAUUGUCCUAGUUCUAAAUUAGGAUAGAACGUAAUCUGUCACCUUCUGCCCCCCAGGUUUUGCACAAACUAUUCAAGAAGAGUGUGUGAUAAUGCUCUUAACAAGAGGAAAAAAAAAGGAAGAAAAUUAGAAGUGGAAGUAGAGAGAAUAAUGUUGGAGCUUGGAUGGCCGUGGAAAUUGGAACCUUCGCAAAAAUGGAUCAAAAUUUCCCCUUUCACAGACCAUGAUCAAUAUUCAGCGUCAAAGCUUUUGUUUAGCGAUGACCUGAGGAUUAUGGCCACAUCAGUUACAUCUGCUGAAAGCACAGGAUCCUUAAGUAGUGAUCUGUUCUACGACAUACUCAGGCGUCUUGAUGGUGCAACUUUGGCUAGUGCUGCCUGUGCAUGUGAAGCAUUCUGCUCGAUUUCCAAGGAAGAGAAGCUUUGGGAAAAUGUAUGCUCUUCUAUGUGGCCUUCAACCAACAGGGAUGACGUCAAAGGAUUAAUAUCUUCUAUUGGUGGAUUUAAAAAAUUCUAUGCUGAUUGCUUCCCCCUUAUUGUGAACAAGGAAGUGCCUGAAUUUCAAUGGAAUGAAUAUCUCGAGUAUUCUGAAGAAUUGACCGAAGCGGAAUACUAUGGUGACAUGGAUGACUUUGAAAUUGUUGCUCCAUCAGAUUUUGUCUCUAUUGUCGAUGUAAGAUACAAAGAUAAAACAAUAUGUUCAAAAGUCCUUUGGGGCAUUCCUAACGCAAACGGGUUCCCACAUUGGUUUUACAGCUGUCCAUUUCGAAUUGAUCUUUUUACGUACACUACCAGAGAUGAUGAACAUGCGGAGGAAGUUACUCUAUCAGUUUCUGAUGGAUUGCCUCCAAUUACAUCUAUGGAGAAAGAGAGGAAAGAUGGUAAGCUCUGGCAAGAGCUCAGGGACGGAAUACGCCUUAGUUGGAUUGUUGUGAAUACCAAAAUAAAACAAGCUGCUAAUCUCUCGAGCUGGAGUUCCCUAGGAGGGCAAAGACAUUGGCCAACAGAUAAGGACUUCCUGCUUCGUUUUGGUUCAGUUCUUCCUGCCAAGGACAUUCUACCUUGUCAAGCUGUGGAAUGUAUCGUCCUUAUGAAGUUCAGAGUGAUCUAUUCAGAAGCGGGAGGUAUACCGACAACUCUCAAACUGACAGAACUAAGCAUGCAAUUGGGAGACAUGGAAGGUGCUCAUCUAAAUGGUAGAAACAGUUUGCUUGUCCUCAAGGAUGCAUUGAGCAGCAAACGGAGCAAGAAUUACAACGAGACACUCGAAUCAUGUCAACUGUAUUCAAAGGUGCAAAGUGAGCUAAGGGAAGAAAAAAUGAGAAAUGAGAGUAGGUUAGAUAGACUUUAUAUAUUAGGAGGCAUUAUGACCUGCAUCACAGUAUGUUUCUAUUUGUGGUGACAUGAGUUACUAUGUUUUUCAUCCUCGAUGUUGCUGUGUAAUAUUUUUGGUCAUCGUGACAGUUCUCUCCGCUCUGACGUUGUUGAUGUAAAUGCGAUUUUGACCAGCAAAUGGCCUGCUGACUUUUCCAACCUCCCUUAGUAAAUAUUUGUUGCCAUUUAUUUGGACCA